AUUUAUUUUGUUGGAAAUUAUGAAAAGUUGAUUAAUCGAAGUAAAAAACGAUGUAAACCAUUGUAUUUGGUUGACAUGAAAAGUUAAGAAUGACGAGAAUAAGGUAAAAACAAUGAGAAAAGUUCAUGUUUCAAAUUGAUUACAUAAAUUGGUAAACAAAGGCAUUAAGAAAUAAAAAAUCGAUUCGAUAAUUAACUUAGACAAAUGACGAACCAAAAGUUGAAAUUUUCAAUUCCAUUGAGCAAAUGCAAUAACAUUUAAAAUUAAUUUUAAAAUUUAACCAAUGACUGCCAUUUGAAUGUCUUAGGCUACACGACGAGCACCAGAAAAGUAAAUCAUGGUUUAAUAGUCGACUCGGACAAGACUAACAAUGAAUAGAUAUCCCGGUUUUCGUCGUUACCUAAACUAUCAACUGGUUGAUUUAACCUAUUUAGUGACUGAUGAAUCCAAGUCUUUCAAGUUGUUUUUCCCAUUAUCAUUUGCCGUUUGCCUAACAAAUAUGAUCAAACAACUGAUUAACCUGAGUCAAAGUGAAGUUACCAGUUUAUCCUAUUACCUCGGUGAUUUAACACUUGUUGUUGGUGCAACCAGAAAACACUUGACUUUAAUAUAUUUUGGUUGGUUUUCCGCUGCAUUCACUUGUUCACUGGCACUUUAUGUUUCACAGUUUAAACCUUCACUGCAAAAAUGGGUUUCCAUUGGAGUCAUUUUUGAUCAAUUUGGUUCAACCAAAGUUCACCCACAUUCUGGUUUACCAACAAUUGUACACAAAUACUUUAUCAAAUUGAGUCACAUUUCGUAUAUUCUUGGUGGUUUAGCUGCUUUCCUUUGUGGCACACCUUCGCUCUUUAUUUAUCCAUCACAGUUUAUCAUUUACUUGGUCUUCUGGUUGCUCAUCACAGCCGUUGGAGGUUUAGUUGUGCUUGGUAAUGCUGCUAACUUUGGUCCUCUUUUUGGAUUCUCAGUCUAUCUUUUUGGUAAACACUUGACCAGUGAAAAGGAUAACUUGAUAGUUGAAACUAAAAGUUAUGAGAAAGGUGAAGAUUGGAAUACUAUUGUAGCCAAUUCAAUGAGAUCAAGCACAAAUCAAUUGAAAGGAUUGAUCGAAAGCUAUCAAUUUUGGAUUCUAGUCAACCAAUUCUUAUUCCUGGCAACUUAUCUCGCUCAGUUCAUUUUACUUUAUCUAAUUUUUUUCGUUGAAGUACAUAAAUUUUUACGAAUCUCUUUGAUUGCCUUUGGAGUAAUCAAUUUCAUUAGUGGAUUAUCCGUCCAUUUCUGGCUUGGUGCUUAUGGACAGCAUAAGAUCAAUCAAUAUUGUUCCCAAUUGAGAAGAGCACUUUUUACUAAUGGUUCUAUUGACAUGAAACUAAACAUCAUAAUUUAUCUCGAACACGUUGAAACUCGCUAUUUCUUCACCAUAUUUGGGGCCUUACGAUAUUCAUUUUUUCAUUUUAUUCUGGUUCGUAUAGUUUACCAAUUUUAUCAACUAAACAAAAUCAACUUAAUGAUGUCUAAGUAUUUAAAUAUCGUUUAUUUCAGGUUAUUUGCGAAAACAUAACAAAUCUUCUUCUUCUAAUUGCAUCUUUGGCUGGUGGAAUGGGUCAUUGAAUGGACAAUAUGGAAAUGCAAGAACUUAUUCUUGGGAUAUAAAAAUUUUCAUUCAUUUAUUUCAAUUUACAUUGCAUACUGUAUUUAAUUGCAGUC